CUGCAUCGAUCUACGGACAAGUGCCCUGCUAAAUAAAAGAUCGAUCUCGAUGGCCUGCCUCGCGGUCUGCCUGUCGCUCGCGGCCCUCGCCUCGGUGGGCUGCUUGCCCUCCCGCGGCGAGGCCAUGGGUCUGCCCCAGCCGCCGCCGGACCUCAACUUCACCAUCUCCGUCGAGGGCGUCGUCUGGUGCAAGAGCUGCCGGUACGCCGGCUACGUCAGCGCCAUGGACGCGUCGCCGCUCCCCAAUGCCGCGGCGCUGCUGCGGUGCCGGCGCGAGGGCGGGCGGGCGCUGUCCGUGUGGAACGCCACGGGCGCCGACGGCUCCUUCCUGAUCCAGGCGGACUGGGAGUCGGCGCCCUUCAAGAGCAAGGACUGCAAGGUGUACGUGCCGCGCUCGCCGGCGAGCGGGUGCGCCGCCGCCGUCAGGCCCGCCGCCAGGAAGGGGGCGCCGCUCAAGUUCCGCAGGUUCUUGCCGCUCCCCGGCGAGCUGCAGGCGCGCUACUCCGCCAGCAACUUCACGUUCGCGCCGGAGGAGCCCGCCAAGUGCUAGCUAGCUCCUGGAUGAGCAUAGCCGAUUCUGGACGUGGAAGAACGGAAUAAAUCAAACAGAUGUUGCAUAGUAGUACAUGUUUGCAGGGGAAUAAUAAUUGACGAUGUAAAAACAUACAUUGAUCCGGGUCAGCAAGCGAAAGUUUCUUUAUUUAUA